AUGGAGAUCAAGGCCCUAAACGUCUACCCAAUCAAAGCCCUCCGCCCGGUCCCCCUCACCUCCGCGAUCCUCACCCCGCAAGGCAUCCUCCACGACAGGACCUACAUGCUCUUCAAAGUAAACGAAGACUCCUCUCUGCGGAAGCUCCAAUUAUCAUCCUGUCCCCAAACAGCGCUCUUCUCCCAGGAGAUCGUGUCCAGCACCGAAGCCUCCUCAGACACCGAUGACGGCACCGGCGACACAAUCCUCGUGAAGUACCACAUCCCCUCGCCGCCCCUCGUCCCCCACGACCCCCUCCAAGAAACAACCCUCUCCGUGCCCCUCGUCCCAGACACCGCGGCCCUCGCCCCGAUCCAAAUCGACCUCCACGGCUCACCCGCCGACGCCCUCCGCAUGGGCGACCCCUACGACGCCUUCUUCUCUGCCUGUCUCGGCUUCCCCACAAUCCUGGUCCACAUCGGCUCCGGACGCCGCCCCGUCCUCGGCACCCUCGCCCCGGGCUCUGCCUCCUCUCCUCAAACAUCAACGUCGUCGUCCCUCUUCUCGUCCAUCACAUCGUACCUCCCCUCCUUCUCCUCCCCGUCCAACGCCCAAAAGCCGUGGCUAACAUUCACCGACUGCGCCCCGUAUCUAAUCACAUCCUCCUCCUCCCUUACCCACCCCUCCCUCACAUCCUUCUCCUCCAUCACCAACACCCCAACCCCGUCGAUAAUGUCAAAAAUGCGCCCCAACAUCGUCGUCCACGACCCCUCCGAGCCCCCCUUCGCCGAAGACUUCUGGGCCGAGCUCUCCCUCCCGUCCUCCUCCGGCGCAAAGCUCCUCCUGACCGCGAACUGCGGCCGCUGCGCCUCCCUCAACGUCGACUACGCCACCGGCCGCCCCGCCGCCGGGCCCGAGGGCAAGCUCCUCAACGCGCUCAUGAAGGAGCGCCGCGUCGACCCGGGCCACAAGUACGCGCCCGUCUUUGGCCGGUACGCCUUCCUAGACGUCGGCGGAGCAGACGCAGGGCCCACCCUCGGGAUCCGCGUCCGGGUCGGGGAUGAAGUCGCGGUGACCCGCCGCAACGCCGAGCGCACCGUCUUCGACUGGCCGCUUGGCUCCGCCGCGCCGAAGAAGGCUAACAACACCGUGGCGGUUGCGUGA